UGUACAGUGUACACACUGUACAGUGAGUACUGUACAGCAGUGCUCCGUACAAUCCUAUUGUUGAUUGAGUACUGUACAGCAGUGCUCCGUACAAUCCUAUUGUUGAUUGAUACAGUGUACUGUACAGUCAGGCACCUUUGUACUGUACGUGGAGUACUGUACUGUACUACUGAUGGGUACUGUACACUGUACAGUAUAUAUUACACCUUUGUACUGUACGUGGAGUACUGUACUGUUGAUAGACUGAUGGGUACUGUACACUGUACAGUAUAUAUUAGUGGACAAUUUGAAUUGAUGAUCGACGACGAUACCAUUUGA